GUUAAGUAACCAGUCCUAUGAAGUUUCCAUGGACUUUAUCGUCUCAACCGACAUGCCUUCCAUCCAGUUCUACAAGCUCACGCUUACCGGUAGAUAAUGUAAUUCAAGCCGCGAACAAAUUGAUUCUUAUGGUGUAUCCCGGAUGGCGGGGACGUCGGUUACACGAUGACGGAAUUGCAACCGUCGCCGCCAGGAUAUCGUGUACAGGAUGAGGCCCCAGGUCCACCUUCCUGUCUCUCGGGGACCUACAAGUAUACGAGUCACGGGCAUGACACCGAGACUACCAAUUUCAAGGGUGCCACGUCGUAUACUCAGGAAGGCUAUGGCCAUAAGAAGAGUCCGUCCAGGACGGUGCCGUCUAACCAAUACUAUCGCCGCAGAAACGACGGCAGGAGGUCAACGGAUAACGAACACGAAGGCACUAACAACGUCGCAAGCAAAAAGACCCCGAUUGCCGGUUACAACGAGAGUAACAAGAAGAAUACUCCGGGCUACAAGAACGACAGCGGGUACAGCGAGACACUUGGAUUCGAGAGUUUCACUCUCGCACUCAACGAGCGGGACGAAGCCUCGCCACCACCAACACCACCAGUCAGAGACGCAUCCAGUCUCAAAGGUGUCUGCUACGGACCAGGACACGAAAAAUAUCCGUCCUGGCCGAGCGCACCCGAACGACAUCCAGACGAAGAAAUCCACAAUUUGAGUCACAAUGGAUCGCAUCGUUCUAAAUCCUGGACCGAUCAUACCAAUUAUCCGAAAGAGAAACCAGCUCAGUAUACCAGACCACAUACGAAGAGACCUAAUCCGGCCUUCACUCAGCAGUUGAAAACGGUGAUGGAACGUUGUGAGAAAAUACCAGCCGAGACUUUCGAGUCGCGUAACAGAAAAAGCGUCGAGGAUGAGCCACGUUUGUGGCCUCGCGUAGAUCGCGAAGGCAAGGUAUUGGGAGACGCUGAAUACGUGGUUCCGUCACCACCGGAAAGAGAACAACAGUCGGCUCAAACUCUUAGCCAUGCGGAUCUUGAAGCCUAUGUUAGAAGUUACCAAGAUCCUCAAGUAUCGCAGGUGGAUUUGUACAGAGAAACAGCAUUGACGCAAGCAGGUUUGGAAGAAUACACGAGGGUUCAGCAUUCUCAACAAGCCAGCUACGCACAAUCCGAGGGCUAUCACAGUUACGUUUCCAGCGUUGAUUCCACUACCAACACACCAUUCCUCGACAGACUACGAAGAGACAGCGAAGCUGUUGCGCAAAGAUCAACACCUUCUUGGGAAGACACGUCUCGAGAGGGCCGAGACAGUGUGGUGACAACGUCGAGCGGCAGCGCGUCUAGCAGUGAAACAUUAAAAUGGCAUGGCUCGAUGUCAGACGUAAGCGUCUCUAGUGGAUUACCAGCGAGACAAAGUACAUCGGAUAGGUGGCAUCAUGGCUCGAUGUCCGACGUCAGUAGCGUCAAUGGUGGGAUUAUGACUCAAAAGUCGAAUAACGUUUGUCACGAUAAGUGGCAAGAUUCUAUGAGCGACGUCAGUACCAGCGGUUUGUUGCCAACGACUAAAGGAAGGCAUAGCGAAAAGUGGCCGGACAAAUGGCAGGCUUCGAUGAACGAUCGGAAUAAACAAGCCCAAACUCGAACAAGUUUACCGGCAGUUAUUGCUCACUGCGUGGCUUCUACUUCUGUUGGAGAUAUUUGUCAAUCAUCGACUGUUCGAGAAACCAAUUGGCAGGAGUCCAGUAUCGACGAGGUUUCUCUUGAUAGAUCGCAAAAUAACCAUACUUGGGAUGGUUCUAUUUCAUUGGACAAUGAUAAAUAUAGAUCGGUUUCUCAGCCAAUGCCGCAAAGUCCGACCAGACAACAAGUUGUAUCUACGAGUCCACUAAGUCCCGAUGGUUGGGAUGCUAUUCAUGGUUCAAUGUCUGAUGUAAGUCAGACGAACGGCGUGCAGUGCAACAAGCAGUUAAUCGCUUACAGCGCCAGAGUGCAGACACCGCAACGACAUCUUUCGGAGAGUGUAUUAUACUUGGAUCGCGAACGUAAUCAACGGAAAUUGUAUCCUAUUAGUACUACACAGCCUCAGGAAUCGCCACAGUCCUCUAGAAUGGCACCCACGUCACCGCAGCAAUCCCCAUUGUCGGUAGCUGAACGAAUUAGCGAAUUGGAGAAGCAGCAGCAGCAACAACAACAACAACAACAACAACAGCAGCAACAACAACAACAAAUGCGUUACACGUAUUUAGAUCCUGAGAAACGACACAGAGUUUCUGACCCGACUUUAAAAGCUAUUCAAAAGAAAGCACUGUUAUCUUUUUACGAAAGACACCACCAAGGUUCUUGGAGAUCGGAACCCCAAUUAGCCCAAGGCUCAGGAUCCUCUCCGCAAAGUCCUCCACCGCAACCUCCACCACGACCAAGACCMCCUUCGUCGAGACGAGCCAGUUCUGCGUCCGAUUAUGCGAGUGGCACGUGGAGAGAAAAUUCUGCUAGAGGGCAAAAUCAAAACUCUGAUCUACCGAGUCCUAAGCAUCAGCAUAGUAACAGUUGCGGUAGCCUUUCUACUGAUUUAUUGGGACCAGUUAUCGUUGGACCUGCUAUAUCCAUCGACGAUUGGGUCCCAGAAAGACCACCCAAGAAGCCCCAUCUUAGGAGCGUUUACAACGACCGUGUUCCUAGUCCCGAUUUACCGCCACCCUCGCCACCAACGGUUACAGAAAACGAAGUCCACGAAUGUGACGAUCCUUUGCCACCUCCGCCGCCUGAACUCAGCGAAGAUUGUUACCCCGAUACCCCACGAAAAUCUAGUUCCACUCAUCACCAACUCGAGGAAGGAAAAAUACAUCGUGAAAGAUCUUGCGAACGACACAAAUCCGAAAGACAUUCCAUGAGAAGAUCGAAACACAGCAGCAAACGAGAUCUCGAUAAAACUUCAGGCAAAUCUUCUCCAAAUUCUCCAACUACGAAAAUAUCUUCCCAAGAACAAGAUCAACAUCAAUUCGUAAGAACUCCGACAACAUUAAAACACGUCGAUUCCGAAAUGGUGGUCCAUGAAAAUAGUAUUUCACCGGGUUUCGUUACUCACAGAAUGAUUAAUACUGGUCGUUCCAGUUUAAGAUAUCCGUCGACUCAGAAACUUAUGGUUAAUGGAAGAAUAGCGAGUACGAGAAGAAUCUCGGAAGAAAGACCAUUCCAAGCCAGACCACCUGCGCAAUUACCCGAUCUCAUAUCUCAGCGAUACAGCGAUUCUGGAAAUCAAAGACCAGCUCCUCAAGUUCCUGUUGAACCACGAAUCAUCCGACAAGAAUCAAUGAGAGUAGAAAGUACCAGGAUCGAUGCAUCUGGAUUAUUGCGUAACGAUUCUGGUCAGAGAUUGGAAUCCUCCUCGGGGCAAAGGCCGCAGCCUCAAGUACCCAAAAGUACCGAUAAAAAUUGCACCGCAAAUCAAUCGAAUCAUCAACAAUCAAGACCGAAUUAUUUACCUGUACCGGAGAAUUCGAAAAAUCAUAGCUUUUCUCUCGGUAGUCCUGUAAAUAUGGGAUACGAGUUGGCUUCAAAAUUAUAUUCACCCGAAGGAACUCCUCAAAAAUAUCACGAACCACCGAAGUACAUGUCUAAUCAUUAUUCUCGUCACAGUGACACGCCGCAAAGGAAUUAUUACGCUCUACCACCGAAAUAUAUCGAUGCACCGAAACAAAAACCACAGCCUCAGUGUCCCACGGAUCGGUACAGUGCUUCGUCGCCUAGUUCUCCACCCCCACCUUUGGCACCGAGACAAAAUACUCCUGGAAGGAAGUCUUUACCUCCACCUCCAAGACCUGCUCCUCCACCUCAUGCCAUUCAAGGAAGCCAAUCAAAGGCUUCUUACUUGGCGUACAGAAGAGAACGUGGAGCCCCUGAUAGUGAAGGCAGUUACAAGAGAACAAUGUCUCCUACUUCUCGUCUAGAAGAUUGGCCACCUCCGAGGGACCACGAUGAUCCUGUUUUAUUGCGUGUCACGCCGCACCAUCAGUUACAGCACCAUCAUCACCAUCAUCAUAAUAGUCAUCAACAGCAGCAGCAGCAGCAACAACAACAACAACAACAACAGCAAUCGCACGAACUUACCAAAUCUCAUAGCGUCGAUGCUCUUCAUCAUCGAUUGGAGGAAACUACAGUUCAACACCAACACUCCGUUGAAUCGAUCGGAAAAUUAUCUCAUGAACUAAAUAAGAAACUUCAAAUUGCUGACGCUAGAACGCGUAACAGUGAGAACAACAACAAUGACAAUCUAGAAGAUCGACAUCAUCAUCAUCGUCAUUACCAUCAUUAUCAAGAAAAAAGAUAUCAAGAAAAGAGGCACGAUUACGAGCAACGAAGAGAACGAUUGUCUCCGCAAAGCGUCGAGGUUCUCAAUGAUAGGAACAGACAAUUGGAACGGGAACGUCGAAAAUUAGCUGCCAGUUGCGAACCCUUGUCAGAAAACAAAGAGAAACAGCUUUGUAAUGCGGACAAUGGUAGUCAAGCAAGUGUCGGUGAAGAUCUCUUCCGCGAAAGAAGUGCAACGAUCGAGAUGACCUCGCAAAAUAUUGAGCUACUGAACCGUAGGAAUGAGAAACGAUCAUCAAGUGGAGGAAGUACGUCAACCGGUACGGUGUGCUCGUACACGGUAAGCACAACAACCUCCUCGACGACAACUACGAUUACAAGCAUGACCGGUAAUUGCUGGUCGAGAGGACAGGAAAAUGUCUUAGCCCAGAAGGCUGUAGAAUCGAUGUCUCAUCAUGACAAACCGCCACCACCGAGCAGUUCACCACCAAGAUCACCAGAAAGAGAAAGCUUGAGAGGAGCAGUCCCACGAAGAUCCGGAAGCUGCUCGAGCUCCUCCUCUUCCUGUAGAUCAAAUGAUACCACAUCGUCUCCUCGAAUCAUGACCUAUCAGACUCCAACUAAGAGUACACCAAAUUCCCCAACGAGAGAAGAAAUCACCAAUGAUCAAAGGAAAGUAUCGAGUCCAACUCAAACGGACAGCACAGUUUCUUGGAACGGAUCCAAUUCUUCUGGUCAACAAUCGAAUCAGCGUUCGUGCCAAACGAAAGAGUCGGAGAAUCCUAAAACAGAAAGGACAGAGAGAUCGUCCAGUAGUUUGAAGUCGAGAUCGACGGGAAGUAGAUUCUCUUCGAAUUCUUCUUCAUUAUCUUCUUCGUCAUCUUCAUCUUCAUCAUCAUCAUCGUCGUCGUCGUCGUCAUCGUCGUCGUCGUCGUCGUCGUCGUCGUCGUCGUCGCCGUCUUCUUCGAUCUCAAGUGUAUCCAAAUCCUCAGCAUCUUCCUCGCCAAGGAAUUCACCUGUUGACGAACAGGAUAAAAAAUCAUUCUCAACGACUAUUUCACCUUGCGUCUCUCCUCAACCCGGUAUCGAAGGCUUGACUUUGGUACAACGUACCGAAGUCGUACUCAGAGUUAACGCGGCUACCAGUGACGCGGCAUCACAGACCGAUCUCAUGGAACAAACCGCAGAACAGAAUGUUGUCAAACAGGAGGAACCUCUUAUACCGGAACCUAGAAAAAAAUUACCGGAGGAGAUCGAGUGCGAAGAACUCAGCAGAGAUCUUGCCAGUCAACUCAAUCCAAACGACAAAUUGGUCCCUAUUCUAGUUCCAGUACCGGAGCACAAGAAACCCACCGACUACGUUUCCGGUCUCUUUAGGGUGGAAGCGACCUUGCAAUCAAGACCAAGGCAGAGACUCUCCCUCGAGGAGUCGAUGGCCUCCUUUGUCGUCAAUCAAGAUGACGAUGAGAAAAAACACGAAAGUAUACCUUCUGUUCCUGUCACCCCAUCGUCAUCUGAUCCAAGCAGUCCGCUUUCAUCCACUUCGGCGUAUUUCACAACGUCCGAAGGUAAAGCGAGGUUUCUGACGAGAUAUUCUCGAGAAAUAAGUGUCGAGGAUUCAACAAGAUCGGAAGAUACGACAACGACGACGACGACGACAACAACGACGACGACGACGACGACAACGGCAGUCGUUACAGCAGAUAAUUCGGAUCUCAGAAAGAAGAAGGAAGAACUCAUGAUGCGAUUGGAUAAGAAACUAGUGGUCCUAAGGGCUGAACAAGAGGCUGUUAAAGAAGAAGGUGAAGUUAACGAUGCCCUUGGUGCAAGAGUGGCUAUGCGUAUUUCCGCAGAAGCUCGACCAGCUGAAGCUUCCAAAUAUCGACUUCACGUAGAGGAAGUUGGCAAGAUUACUAGCCUCCUUCUUAGUCUUAGUGGAAGAUUGGCUCGUGCUGAAAACGCCCUUUAUGGUAUGCCGGCCGAUCACGCGGAGAGAAAAAUACUGGAAGGCAAACGAGACAAGCUGAUAGACCAAUUGGAAGAAGCAAAGGUACUGAAAACCAACAUCGAUAGGCGUAGCAUCAACGUAUCAGCAAUUCUAGCGAAAUAUCUAAACGACGAUGAAUUCAUCGAUUACCAACAUUUCAUCAAUAUGAAAGCGAAGCUGAUAAUGGAUACUCGAGAGAUUCAAGACAAAGUGAAGCUCGGAGAAGAACAAUUGGCUGCAUUGAAGGAAGCUAUCGACUAAAUAACGAUAAUGAACUUUCAUGGAGAACGUGUGGGGAAUUUUAAAUAAUAAAUGUUAAGUAAGAUAUUCGUAAGGAACGGUCGUAAUUUUAACAAAAUCCUUACACGAUAAUACUCGGAUAUUUCUUGAAAAUGUUAAGUAAAAAAGACUUCUCAUUCAUCGUCUUUACGAUGCUGAAUAAUCGAUGUCUGAAUUUAAAAAGCAAGAAAAUGUGAAUAAAUAAGCUAACGUCAAUCAUAUUUAUAACCAAAAAAUAUAUCUGUAUUCGAUCAAAGAAAUACAAUAAUAAUGUUUUUUCAAGUUUUAGGAAUUUAUUCUUUUUGAUAAAGAUAAUAAUUUAGAAUAGUACACAAUCGUACUUGCAAAAUUAUUCGAAAUUUAUAAUUAAAAAUAAUUUUAGGUAACCAAGUAAGCUCGUACCGUUUUAAAUACUAGACAUAUAGUUGAAAAAAGGGCACGAACUUUCUGGAAUCCGAAAUAAAUGAUUUUGCAGUUUGUAAAAUUAUUGACAUUUUGAAGAAAUAAAAUAACAUUGCAUGUAUUUCACAUAUUCUGUGCACAUUUGGGUUCAGACAAAAAGAAUGAUCCUCGAGAGCCAAGUACCUAUGCUCAAGUGCCGCCUAGUCCUUUUUAAGAUUACACGUCGAACUUCUCCCCGUGUGACCCCGAUAUAAUCCGCACUAGAAAUAAUCUUUCUCUUUAACUUUAUUAAACUAUAAGUUUACUAGAGGGUAACAUGAGGAAAUAAAAAACGAGAAAAGUAAAAAAACAACAACUACUGUACGGGAAGCUUCUUCUUUCGAUCUCGUCUCGAGGAGAAAGCGACAUAGUAAUCGCACGAAAGUGAUACGAAAAAAAAAAAAGAAAAAAAGAAAAUAAAGCAGAAGUGAUAAGCAUGAUAUGUAAAUAAAUUAAAACAAACGAACGAGUCGAAAAUUGAUUGCAAGCUCCGAAAUGAUUUAGAUUAUUUACAACGUACAGAAAAUAAUCUUUGAUUAUUUUUUGUUCGUCAUUUCUUGAGAGAAAAAUAAAAUAGAACAAAAUUGUAUGAAAAGAUUAAAGGCAAUGCUUCGUUUGCACGAAUACGCAUCCGUACUAGAAGAAAAUACAAAAAUUAUUAUCGUAUUAGCCUAUUAUUUACAAAUUUGUGAAUAUUCACUUGUAAGAGAGAAAAAACGAAAGUAUUUGUAUUGUAUUUAUAAAUUAUUAAAAAAAGAAAUGAAAAUUGUUUUACGUAUAAAUUGAAAUAAGUGUUGGAUUGUUAUAGGAGCAAAAAAAUAUGCCGUCUGAAAGAUGGAACGAAAUGCCACGCCACACCGCCAUGUAUUAUUUCGGUGUAAAAUUGAAUUUGAAAACUCUUCGGAUAGUCUGUUAGCGCUAAAAACGAGAUAAGUGACUAAACUAUAUAAUUAGAAAUAAAAACCGAAGAAGAAUGUAGAUUUGUGGUCGCUGUCUGGUGUGAGCAUUAUUAUUUUCGCGUAGGUUUUUUAUGAAGAAGCGAGACAUUUUGAAUGAAAAUAAAAAUAUAUAAAAAUUAAAAUAAAUAAAUAAAUAUGCUAUACCUGUGCUGCCUUCUUAUAUACGAUAUGUGAUAUAAGAAUAAGGAGCGUACGCUUUGCGUAACGUCGCUAAAAAAACCGUUUUCAACGUUUCGACGUUGCAUCUUUCCGCGAUUAUGCGAUGUUGUAAAUGUACAUAUAUAUAUUAUAUAAAUGUUUAGUAAAUAAGUGCAUACACACGAUAUACAAUUAAUCGUAUUAUCGAAGUCACUUACACGUGUUUAUGCAUACGCAUUUACACAUAAUAUGUACACCACGUACACGAACACAUAUACAGAUAGAAGCCUAUAUAAAAAGUACUAUUUUUUACACUUCAUUUUAACCACGGGGUUCCACGCGGAUCCCUAUGACGCUUGUGAUUUUACUUAUUCUAUAGUACCGAGGACCAAGGACUCUCGAAAAUAAAAAAUACAUAUUGUAAUAAUGCGUUGAUACAAAUACGCGAAUAGAUUUCGAGCCUCCAUGGUGAAACGGUUAUCGAGUAAAAUUGUAUCCCUAAUUCGUUAUUUGACAUUUCCGUUUGAUUAGAUCUCAAAUUACAAUCCAUUAAUCUUCUCCGUUAUCGAUAUCGUUUGGUCAUCGUUCAAGUUUAUCCGAAAACGGGGAGGAAAACUCUGUUGGGAAAAAUGAAAUUGUUAAAGCAAGGAAUACCUCCGGUUUUUUGAGCUCGGUAAUGAAAUAUUUACCGUAGACUCAAAGAUCUCGCGAUGGAAUCCUAUUUUUCAUCGUCAUAUUUCUUUCUUCUUUUUAUCUCCUACAUUUAUAGAAAUAUUUACCAAGCGAUACGAAAAUGCGAUUAUUUUCUUAUUGUCAAAGACCGAGCAAAGGGCAUACAAUUUUCCGACAUAAUAGUCAGUUUCUGUUCCUUGUUUGUUUCUCGAUAAAUUUUUUUUAAUGUCAACUUCAUAUUAUUAGAAUAUUCUGCAGUAUCUCGCCAUUAAUCGGAAGAUAAUAAAAAGUAAAAUAAAAAAAAACGAAUUAAAAUAAUGAUAAUUAAUAGUUCGCAUCGUCGAUUUGUAGUAAAAGAUUAAAAAUAUGGACGAUGACGACGUAAGUUGCAGUAAGAUACAAAAUCUUUUUCUUCUUUAUCCACAUGAACGCCCCAUGGUGCGGCGCAGUUAUAAGAAUUGUACAUAACAAAUUAUCCGACAACAUGGUGCUCUGGAAAUCUAUUUUUUACGAGAAGAAACGUUCCAUUAAUUAAUUCCUAGAUCUAUAUCGUCUUUAAGAUCUUUAAUAUUAAUUUUACAUUUUCGCUCUGUAAAUAUUAUUAAACAUUAUUCUCCUGCGUGAUGCGAAUAUUCAUAUCCAGUUUAUACGUMUWCAAUAUACUUGCGUUAUACAACUGCAAGCGACUACGUUAGGACGUCGUUAAGUUGACAAUAUUAUCGCAUACGAAUGUAUUAUGGAAUGAAUCAUUACCUUUCUCAAAUUCGCUUGAAAUAAAUAACAUGUUGAAAAUUAUUA